AGUACUGUGGCUUUACUGAUCUACUGCUAGAGUACUGUGGCUUUACUGAUCUACUGCUAGAGUACUGUGGCUUUACUGAUCUACUGUUCUUCAACAACAUAUGUAUUCACAUUGGAUGGGUUGAUUAGGAGUCAAACCUUCUCUCAAACAGUCUAAUACAUACUCUUUAAAAAGGUUUUCCCCAUUAAUGUACUUGGUUAUGCUACUUGGUUGUGGUUAUGCUACCUGGUUGUGGUUAUGCUACCUGGUUGUGGUUAUGCUGCCUGGUUGUGGUUAUGCUACUUGGUUGUGGUUAUGCUACCUGGUUGUGGUUAUGCUACCUGGUUGUGGUUAUGCUACCUGGUUGUGGUUAUGCUACCUGGUUGUGGUUAUGCUACCUGGUUGUGGUUAUGCUACCUGGUUGUGGUUAUGCUACCUGGUUGUGGUUAUGUUACCUGGUUGUGGUUAUGUUACUUGGUUGUGGUUAUGUUACUUGGUUGUGGUUAUGUUACUUGGUUGUGGUUAUGCUACUUGGUUGUGGUUAUGCUACUUGGUUGUGGUUAUGCUACUUGGUUGUGGUUAUGCUACUUGGUUGUGGUUAUGUUACUUGGUUGUGAUUAUGUUACUUGGUUGUGGUUAUGUUACUUGGUUGUGGUUAUGCUACUUGGUUGUGGUUAUGCUACUUGGUUGUGGUUAUUCUACUUGGUUGUGGUUAUGCUACUUGGUUGUGGUUAUUCUACUUGGUUGUGGUUAUGCUACUUGGUUGUGGUUAUGCUACUUGGUUGUGGUUAUGCUACUUGGUUGUGGUUAUUCUACUUGGUUGUGGUUAUUCUACUUGGUUGUGGUUAUGUUACUUGGUUGUGGUUAUGCUACUUGGUUGUGGUUAUGCUACUUGGUUUUGGUUAUGCUACUUGGUUGUGGUUAUUCUACUUGGUUGUGGUUAUGCUACUUGGUUGUGGUUAUUCUACUUGGUUGUGGUUAUGCUACUUGGUUGUGGUUAUGCUACUUGGUUGUGGUUAUGCUACUUGGUUGUGGUUAUGCUACUUGGUUGUGGUUAUGCUACUUGGUUGUGGUUAUGCUACUUGGUUGUGGUUAUGCCACUUGGUUGUGGUUAUGUUACUUGGUUGUGGUUAUGCUACUUGGUUGUGGUUAUGUUACUUGGUUGUGGUUAUGCUACUUGGUUGUGGUUAUGUUACUUGGUUGUGGUUAUGCUACUUGGUUGUGGUUAUGCUACCUGGUUGUGGUUAUGUUACUUGGUUGUGGUUAUGCCACUUGGUUGUGGUCAUGCUACUUGGUUGUGGUUAUGCUACUUGGUUGUGGUUAUGCUACUUGGUUGUGGUUAUGCCAUUUGGUUGUGGUUAUGCUAUUUGGUUGUGGUUAUGCUACUUGGUUGUGGUUAUGCUACUUGGUUGUGGUUAUGCUACUUGGUUGUGGUUAUGCUACUUGGUUGUGGUUAUGCUACUUGGUUGUGGUUAUGUUACUUGGUUGUGGUUAUGUUACUUGGUUGUGGUUAUGUUACUUGGUUGUGGUUAUGUUACCUGGUUGUGGUUAUGUUACUUGGUUGUGGUUAUGUUACCUGGUUGUGGUUAUGUUACUUGGUUGUGGUUAUGUUACUUGGUUGUGGUUAUGUUACUUGGUUGUGGUUAUGCUACUUGGUUGUGGUUAUGCUACUUGGUUGUGUUUUUUCACGUAAGACAUCAUCCCCUUCCACUCCUUUUAUGGGGAGGUUUUCCCCUGACACAGAUUAAGUCUAGUACUGGACUAAAAGCAAAAUCCAUGGAAAAGGACUAGGGUGUAAUCUGUGUCCUCAAAACCUCUCCUUAACCUUACAUUUGACCUAGCAUAAUACAUAAACCAGAUGGAAAAUGAACAAGAUAGUUGGCAGCUUUUGAACAUAUUUUGAAUCUAUACAUGGUUUAUGUUCCUGUUAUAAACAAUGGGGUUAUGAUGGGGUAAGCCAAUCACACUAUUCUCUUGAGACAUUUACAAGUUAUAGUAUUUUUAAGCUGAAGUGGCAGCAGAGGUUCAAAUGUGGUCUGGCAAAAUUUGUACGUGUCUUUUCUGGGGCCUGGAGUUUUUCCUCAUCUCAUGACCAGGUCAGGUAAAACUCUGGGUCCUAUUUGUAAGCUAUGACAGGGUCCCAGAAAAUGGGCCAAACAGGAUUUCUACUGGACUGGAUAUGGUGUAGUUUUUACUGCGGCGUCAUGCAGGACCUAUAGGUUACCAUGCUUCCUCUCUACAGGGCCUAUAGGUUACCAUGCUUCCUCUCUACAGGGCCUAUAGGUUACCAUGCUUCCUCUCUACAGGACCUAUAGGUUACCAUGCUUCCUCUCUACAGGGCCUAUAGGUUACCAUGCUUCCUCUCUACAGGACCUAUAGGUUACCAUGCUUCCUCUCUACAGGGCCUAUAGGUUACCAUGCUUCCUCUCUACAGGACCUAUAGGUUACCAUGCUUCCUCUCUACAGGGCCUAUAGGUUACCAUGCUUCCUCUCUACAGGGCCUAUAGGUUACCAUGCUUCCUCUCUACAGGACCUAUAGGUUACCAUGCUUCCUCUCUACAGGGCCUAUAGGUUACCAUGCUUCCUCUCUACAGGACCUAUAGGUUACCAUGCUUCCUCUCUACAGGGCCUAUAGGUUACCAUGCUUCCUCUCUACAGGACCUAUAGGUUACCAUGCUUCCUCUCUAUAUUCAGAUAUUAACAGGCUGUAUUUAUAAUAAAUAAAUACAACUAAUUUGGUCGAUGCUUAUUGCCUAUUAAACACAUGUACAAGCUUGUAUUAAUACGCAUCUGUGAAUUGAAAAUGUUGUUUUUUUUCAUAUCCCAAACACCCUCGAAGAGUGUGGUCACAGCCAGGGUCUGCCGUUAGUAACGGCAACGCUGGAGCAAUCAGGGUGAAGUGCCUUGCUCAAGUGCACAUCGCCAGAUUCUUCACCUUGUCGGCUCAUGGACCUUUCGGUUACUGGCCCAAAGCUCUAACCGCUUCCUCCGGCCACCUUUGGUUAUUAUGAAGCUGUUUCCAUAGGAUUAAUUGCAUUCAUUUUUGUUUUUACAUCUAAAAAUAGUACACUGCCCAUUUAAGAGAACUGCAUUCCAAAAGAGAUGCCAAAGUGUAUCAACAGUAGCCAGCAUAUUGAUAGUAUGUUCGCUAUUGAAUGUAUACU